UUUAGUCUUUUUCAUUCGAUCAACUGUAAACAAUGCCCGUUGAAAUAACCGCGCACUUCCAAGAUAUACAACUAAACAAUUUGAUUGGUAGAGGUUCCUAUGGAGAUGUCUACGAAGCGAAAUGGCAAACUCAAGGCCGGGAAAAAUGUAUUGCGGUGAAGAUAAUUCGAAACAAUAGUCAAGUAUCAGAGUCCGAGAAAAAGAAAUGCAAAGAUGAUCUCCGCAGGGAAAUUCGCAAUCUACAAAAGUUCUACCAUACGAAUAUUGUACAAUUAUAUGGAGUAUCUAAGGAUGGGAACAACAGAAUUUGUCUCCUUCUGGAGCAUGCAGACUGCGGAUCACUUCACUAUUUUUUACAUGUUACAAAAAAGAAAAAAGUCACUGUGGUUCACAAGCUAAAUUGGAUGGUCCAAUGUGCCAGGGCUUUGGAGUACUUGCAUAAAAAUAAAACAUUUCAUCGUGAUCUCAAGCCGCAAAACAUGUUGCUUUACCACAAUUAUUGUACAUUAAAGCUAUGUGAUUUCGGGACAGUGAAACAAAUCAGAACCAACAAUACAACCGGAACUGGUACUUAUGGUUAUAUGGCUCCAGAAGUUGCAGAUGCAAGCAGCAAAUACACCGAAAUAUGUGAUGUUUUUAGCUAUGGCAUUGUUUUCUGGGAAGUAAUGUCGAGGAAAAAACCGUUCUAUGAUUCUGAAAUUAAGGAUCCAAUAUCCAUUCAGAAAAACCUUCUCCAAGGUAAACGUCCCAAUAUACAAGAUAUGAAGUUAAAUAAAGAUUUCAAUUACCUAAUUAAAUUAAUUGAAUUGUGCUGGAACACUAAAGCCGAUAUGCGACCAUCUAUGCGAAGUAUCGCCAAUGGCUUAACCAACGUUUUAAUUUAAUUUUGUGUUGAUUAAAUCGUGUUGUGUUCUAUGAAUAAAGUUAAACAUCUAUACACUCGCGUUGCUUAUCAAUUCAAAUGUUAUCAAACUGCAAUUCAUUUAAUGCAUUGUGCUUUAUAGCUUACACUUCCGUUAAACGCGGAACUAGUUUAACUAGUUAAUGAUUAACGAUUACAGUGAAAACUCUACUAGCCUGACAUUCACAAUCGGGCGAAUUUAGUACGGUUCAAAGAUUACUUAAUUUUUUUAUUAUCUAUUU